GCUUGGUUAUGAGAUCAACGUCUUUGUUGUUAUACUUUUAUAUCCUAAAUAUGAAUUUCCAAGGCAGUUUUUUGUUUUUGUCAACAGUUGUUUUGGCUGUGCUGUCAGCAACUUCAGGUGUUAAUGGACAAAGAGACCCAGCAGCUCCUGCAGCAUCAAGACUAUAUGAUUACGUUAGUCCUGCUCAGUCUUAUUCGACAUCUACUGGUCAGUCUUCACAAGGUUCUGCACAAGCUUAUAGUGCUACUGCUACGUCAAGUUAUUCUAGUUCUUAUCAGGCUUCUACACCAGGUUCUGGUUAUGAAUCUUCAGGUUCUACUACUACGCAUUCAACAACUACUAAUCAGUCUCAAACACCACAUUACAAUGAUUUUUUUUCAUCAGGCUCUUACCUCAGCUCAGUCUAAUACACAAAGUUCUGGUAAGUCAGGUGAUCCGAUUUUAUGUCUUAAAUAUAAAGAAAAUGUAAAAUAUAUACUAGUGGUUUUAAAAUGU